UGAAGCAUUUAGUAAAGAAAAAAAAUAUUAAAAUUCUCUUGGUAGACACAUAAUUUGAUACGGACAUUAUAAAAGUAGCAUCGUCCUUGUUGGUUCUCUAUAACCUAUUUAUACCCACUCUUACUUAAGUUACUUGCAUUCUUGCCUUCUAUCUAUCCGUCUCUCUCUCUCUCUCUUCCUCUUCCUCUUCCUCUUCAUACAUACAUAGUACAUUCCCAGAGAUCUCUCUAAUAUCCUCAAUUCUUCUCACAUAUUGCUUGGAUCAACUCAUACUUUUUACUACCUUCAGACGCAAAGAUGGCGAACUCUCCUCAUGGUGGUGUCCUCAAAGAUCUUCUCGCAAGAGAUUUGUCACGACACAAUGAACUUGCAACAGAGGCCGAAACUCUUCCCGCUGUUGUUCUCACCGAGAGACAACUUUGCGAUCUCGAAUUGAUUCUGAGUGGUGGUUUCUCUCCCCUUGAAGGUUUUAUGACCGAGAAGGAUUACAAUGGUGUCGUUGAGAACAAUCGAUUGGCAGAUGGCAACGUCUUCAGUAUGCCAAUUACACUCGAUUUAUCCCAAGAACAAAUCGAGGAGUUAGGAAUUAAAGCAGGAGUAAGAGUUACUCUUCGCGAUUUCCGUGACGACAGAAACCUUGCAAUUAUCAACGUCGAGGAUGUCUACAGACCCAACAAGGAGAAGGAAGCUAAGGAGGUUUUCGGUGGUGAUGCCGAUCACCCUGCAGUUAAAUAUUUAUACAACACUGCAGCUGAAUUUUAUGUUGGAGGAAAGAUUGACGCCAUCAACCGUUUAGAACACUACGAUUACGUUGCUUUAAGAUAUACCCCCGCAGAAAUGAGACUCCACUUCGACAAGCUCGGCUGGUCCAAGGUUGUCGCAUUUCAAACCAGAAACCCUAUGCACAGAGCCCACAGAGAGUUGACUGUUCGUGCCGCUAGAGCCCGUCAAGCCAACGUUCUUAUCCACCCAGUCGUUGGUCUGACCAAGCCAGGUGACAUUGACCAUUUCACCCGUGUCCGUGUUUACCAGGCACUUCUUCCUAGAUACCCUAAUGGAAUGGCCGUUCUUGGUCUUCUUCCUCUCGCUAUGCGUAUGGGUGGACCUCGUGAGGCUGUUUGGCACGCCAUUAUCAGAAAGAACUAUGGUGCUACACACUUCAUCGUCGGACGUGAUCACGCCGGACCAGGAAAGAACAGCAAGGGAGAGGAAUUCUAUGGUCCAUAUGAUGCUCAAUACGCUGUUGAGAAGUUCAAGGAUGAGCUCGGAAUUGAGGUCGUUCCUUUCCAAAUGAUGACUUACCUCCCAGAUAGCGACGAAUAUAGACCAAAGGAUGAGGUCCCACAAGGUACCCGUACUCUCGACAUCUCCGGGACUGAGCUCCGUGCUAGACUUCGCUCUGGUCGUGAGAUUCCAGAAUGGUUCUCCUACCCAGAAGUUGUCCGUGUUCUUAGAGAAUCUCACCCACCUCGUUCUGCUCAAGGUUUCACUGUAUUCCUUACUGGUUACCACAGCUCUGGUAAAGACGCAAUUGCACGUGCUUUGCAAACUACCCUCAAUCAACAAGGUGGACGUUCUGUCACACUUUUACUGGGCGAGACUGUUCGCGCCGAGCUUUCCUCCGAGCUUGGCUUCAGCCGUGCUGACCGAACCCGCAACAUCGGCCGCAUUGCAUUCGUUGCUUCCGAGUUGACUCGUUCCGGUGCUGCCGUUAUUGCUGCACCAAUUGCACCAUAUGAAGAUGCUCGUAAGCAUGCUCGUGAAAUGGUUGAAAAGUAUGGUGACUUCUAUCUCGUUCACGUUGCUACCAGUCUUGAGCACUCUGAGAAGAUCGACAAGAAGGGUGUCUACGCUAAGGCUCGUAACGGUGAAAUCAAGGGUUUCACUGGUGUUGAUGAUCCUUAUGAGGUUCCUUCCAAGGCCGACUUCACCGUUGAUAUCGAGAAGACUAGUGUCAGAAAUGCUGUUCACUCGAUUAUCUUGAUGUUGGAGAGCGCGGGUUUGUUGGAUCGUCUAUAGAUAGAUAGAGUAUUGGUACAUUUGAUUUGAUGGGGUUGGAUAAUGCCUUUUGAAAUACAAUUCAGAAUGACAGCAUUUCGGGGCGUUUUUUUAAAAAGGUUUAAUUAGAUGAGAGCAAAAGUCUUAGAGUCGCAUGCACAUGAGUCAUGUAGGCAGCGAAUGGAUAUAUUAGUUGUUUCGGUUCCUCUUCCAAAUUUCAGUCUCAUGUGUUCCAUGGAGGUGUACCCCUCCUCCAGGUGGUUCAGAUACAUUGUCAAAUACGCAAUAAUAUAAAUGUAGUAUUGAGACAUCGUAUAUACCCACUCCACUAUAUCCCAAGCUUUGGUCUCAGCAUUAUCGGGGCCGCUCUAUUUGCUUUCAGCAUAGCUAAUCUUUGUUUACACCUGCAUCAGCGGCUUCGUCAUUAGUGCAGAGCAAAAAGAUAGUUGCUAAUGCAAUACCCAAACAGAAAUGAUUUUCGUGCUCUUGUAAUUUUAUAUUUACAGAGUACGAGGGUGCAAGGACUCGGAGGCGCAAAAUAAUCUCUGUCGAGAUGGCUUCCGCUGACCUCGCUAGACCAUAAGAUAGCGAUAUUGAGUCUUUGACACCGAUGAUCUUAGGCAUGGUUAUUCCAACCUCAACCCUUCAUAUCAGCUUAUGCACCAUCGACAUUUGACAUUGUGUAUUUGUUUCUCCACUCAGGCCGCUUUCCAUGAGUCUUGUGUCAGCAUCCACGAUGCUAUGAACCUUGCCUACAGGUGAACUAGCAAGAAUUGCUCGUAAGACCGUGGACAGCAU